AAGUCACAUGACCGGAAGACAUUACUUGCGAGGGAAUAUGGCUGCUGGGUUAUCGGUGCUUGCAAAUUAGCAUGUAUCUUUUCACUUGUUUUUUUGACUCGGAAAAAACCUAGACUACAUGAUUGGAACUGUGUUCUUAUUUUUUCUUGGAUCGGUCGUCAGGAAGUAUAGUUCAAAAGUGAGCGGUUUAUGAAGAGGAGGAAAUUCCAAGUGGUCAAGGAGCCUCUCGGAAGGGUUCUAGUCUGCGGCUUAAAUUCAGCAUCGGAUCAAAGGAAACCUCAUUGUGGACUAGCAUGAAAUCCAGUGGUAGCCAUUUCGAAUCUGGUCCACAAAAAGUACAAGAAUGUUUUCAGCUCACCUGAUGGUUUCAGCUAUUUUUAGUUUACUGCUAUCAGCUUCAUCAGAUGAAAACACAACAGCAUCCCCAAGUUUGAGUCCCGUUUUGCAAACAGCAGGAGACAAUGUUACACUAGAUUGCUCUCUGGCAGACCAAGAUGAACAAGUCGAAGGCACAGUGUGGAAGAAGGAGGAUUUAUUCCUGGUAUCACAGGGAGGUGGCAGCCAGGAUUUGAAUUAUGCAGACAAUGAAUUAGCCAAGCGGCUGGCCAUUGUAGAUGGUUAUGGCCUGUUUUUAGAGAAGCUGCUUGUGUCAGAUACUGGCUUCUAUACAUGUCAGCUGUUAGUCCGCAAUGCCUCUUUAACUGAAGAGCGAAACAUCAGUUGGCAGCUUAUUGUACAAGAUGUUCCCAGUUCACCUGGUCAGGUUCAGAUAGACAGUAUUCAAUCUCGACAGGUGACUUUGUCAUGGCAACCCAGUGAAUCUGACAACAACAGCCCCAUCACUAACUACAUCAUCCAGAUAAGUCCUUGUCAGGGGAGUGGAGAUGGUGGUGAUCAAGGCAGGCCGCAAGAGCGGGUGGUCUCCAGUACCACAAUGCAGGUGACUGUUCGUGACUUGCAGCCACAGCAGUGUUACACAUUGCAGGUUUUUGCCAAGAAUAGCGUGGGCCGAAGCUAUCCCUACAGUAAUACAUUCCACACUGAAGAAGGAAAUGUAACUGAAGAAGAUGCUCAUCCACAAGCGGCACCUUACAAUUUCCAGGCAGAGAGUAUUUCUGACACACAGAUCCACAUAAAAUGGGAACGCCCUCAGCAGGAGCAUCUCAUGGGGGACCUUAAGGGCUAUAAGAUUAGCUAUAGCCAGCAGGACAUGAAUUAUGAGCCUAUCAAAAUUGAGGAUCCCACCAAAAAGGAGAUGGUUCUACAAGAUCUGAAGCCUUUCACUUGGUAUACAGUUUCUAUCUUGGCAUACAAUGAAAAUGGUGAUGGACCACAGGCAGAGCUGGCUGUUCAGACCUUGGAAGGGUUGCCAUCAAGUCCUCGUAUCACACAUAUUACUGGCCGGGACUCCACAUCAUUUUAUGUUCACUGGGAGCCUCCCAAAAAACUAUCUGGACGGUUGAGAGCUUAUGAGUUGAAUUGGAUCUUGGAUGACAAUUCAACGAAGACACGGAUUAUCUCAGGUCAUCUGACAAACCCAAUGUCUGCUUUCAUCUCUGGUCUUCGUCCUUACACUGAGUACAAGAUUCAAGUAGCAGCAUUCACUGGUGGUGGUCGAGGCAAGUUCAGUGAAAAGUACCCAGCACUCACUGAUGUUUCAGCACCAGGUGCCCCAUACAUCCGUAACGUUACAGUGCUGUCCCCUGACAGCGUAUACCUGCAGUGGGAUGCACCAUCAUUGUACUACCGCCGUAUUGACAAGUACAUUCUCAAAUGGUGGGACACGCGUGGCAAUGACCCAGAUACCAUGGUACCUGGCACACAGACAGAGUACACUUUGAAUGGCCUCCCUAGUAAUAUGAGAUACAACCUAAAGCUGGCAGGGGUGACACAGGCCAUAUUCAGCAAGCGGUUUUUGGUGGGAGAAUUCACACCCCCUGUCACCUUCACCCUAGGAGAGGAGGAGAUAACCAAGACACAUGUGGUGAACGCGGAGGAGAAGAAUGUUAUAUGGGAUAAUUAUCGUGAAAGUAACCAUGAUCCCAGCGUGCAGCAGAGCAAGGAUGACAGGGUUCCUACAGAGGUCAUCAUUGGAGUAACCUGCGCAGUCUUCCUUGUUGUCAUUGUUGUUGCCAUCUUCAUCGGAUACAAGUCAUUUGCUUGUCAGAAAUGCUACCAAGCAGCAUAUGUGUACCUAGCAGUCCCCAGCAACGCCCAGUCCACACCACCAACAGUCAUUACUGUGGCAGAACCUAGUGAGGAAAAGGAGUACCCAGAGAUUGCUGUGAGCGAGUUCCCAGCACAUGUAGAGGCUAUGCAUGCUGACAGUGAUUUUGCUUUUUCUCAGGAGUUUGAUGAUCUAUACCGACAUACGCGCACAGACUUCAAAUGUGAAGCUUCUAAUGUGCCAGAAAAUAGAAACAAAAAUCGUUAUAUCAACAUAGCUGCAUUUGACCAUUCACGGGUGAUGUUAAAAAUGGACAUGGGUAGGCGACAGUCGGAUUAUAUCAAUGCCAAUUAUGUUGAUGGCUACCACAAGGCUAAGGCAUACAUUGCUACUCAGGGGCCUCUACCACAGACUUUUGCAGACUUCUGGCGUAUGGUCUGGGAACAAAACUGUAGUGUUGUGGUCAUGAUAACAAAUCUUAUGGAAAAAGGAAGGCGCAAAUGUGACCAGUAUUGGCCAACUGAUGGAAUGGAAAUUUAUGGCAACAUGGCUGUGAAACUGCUGAGCACUGUUCAACGUGCUCACUACACAGUAAACAUGUUCUCCCUUCGAAACAUGAAGGUAAAAAAGCGCCACUCAAUGAAGGGUGUCAGUGAAAGAGUUGUGUAUCAGUACCACUACACUGAAUGGCCAGACCACGGUGUUCCUGACUACACACUUCCUGUCCUGGAGUUUGUACAGAAAUCUGCAGCCUGCAAUCCUCCAGAUGGAGGACCAAUUGUUGUCCACUGCAGUGCUGGUGUGGGCCGAACAGGGACCUACAUUCUUAUUGACAGUAUGAUUCGUAAGAUCCAGGACAAGGGGACAAUUAACAUUCCAUGGUUUACUCUGCAUAUUCGCCGUCAGCGCAACCUCCUUGUGCAGACAGAGGAUCAGUACAUGUUUAUACACGAUGUACUGGUGGAGUAUCUGGUGGGAGGUGGGCAGACAGAAGUUACCCAGGACAGUGUUGUUAACUAUGUUGCACUGCUGACUGCUGUUGCUAAUGGUGUGGCUGCACAGCAAAAGAUACCUGAUGCAUCAAGCACUCUGGAGAAACAGUUUAAGCUGGUGACGGGGCACACUCCCAGUGAAGACAGCUUGUACAAUGCACUGAAGUCAGUCAACUGUGACAAGAACCGCAGUAUGGAUUUUAUCCCUGUUGAUUUGAAGCGUGUAGUGCUUCCUGCACGCCCUGGCAUAGAUGGCUCAGAUUACAUCAAUGCUACUUACUUGCAGGGCUACAAAAAGUCAGAUGAGUUUAUUGUGACCCAGUAUCCAUUGGAGUCGACAAAAGAGGACUUCUGGCGCAUGGUGUGGGACCGAAACAGUCCUGUCAUCAUUGUUCUGACGUCCGUUGGAGAAGAGGAAGUGCCAGAGUUCUGGCCGGAAAAGGACAAGCCUGUGGAGGUGGAUGCCGGCAAUUUUAAGCUGUCCAUGCGUGAUGACCCUGAUGAGCAGCCAGGUUACAUUAUAAGGGACUUCAUCCUUGAGUCCAUUCAGUAUGAUUACAUCUUCAUGACCAAGGUGGUGGUAGUCAAAGACUGGCCAGGCCAAAAUUCACCUCCAUCCUGCUCAAUCUUUGGCAUGAUUGAGACAGCCCAGGAGUGGCAGCGUGCAAACGAUAUUGGCCCCGUUAUUGUUAUGGACAUGUAUGGAGGAGUGCAUGCAGGACGCUUCUGUGCUUUGUGGACAUUGCGUGAGCAGUUGCUGAUGGACAAAGCUGUGGACAUUUAUCAGCUGGCCAAACUGUACCACCUCAAGAGGCCAGGCAUCAUCUCAUCGCAGGAGGACUUGCGCUAUCUGUAUGACGCAGUUGUCUGUCUUCUUGAUCACCUGAAAGAUGAAGGGGGAUCAGUGAGCUCAUCCCCCCGACACUACAGUGCUUCUCGCAGAAAUGGAACCCUGCCACAUUCUUCCACAUUGCAAAGCACUACCAAGACCGAAACCAACAUAUGAAGGAGCAUACGUGCGCAGAUGGCAGCUUCAUAGCCAUCUGCUUGGCCAUGGCCCUCUUUGUGACAGUUGUGCAACUUUGCAUGAUUUGUGUUGGACUGCAUAGUUCUUUUUUUAUGAAAAAAAAUGCAGUUUGAAUGAAAGGAACUAAGCAGUUAUAUUCCCCGUUUAUUCGCAAGGACAUGCCAAGAAAGUCAGCAUAUUUUCCCAAGAAUUUGCUGAGAUUUUGAGAGUCCAGAAACAAUUCUGAUUAGUUUUGAUAGUUUUCUGCCUGCCUUGUCAGUGCUGCUUGCCUGUAGCUGUGUUUUUCUGUUCAAUGACUUUGAUCCUUGGUCAGGUUGUGUUGUUCCUCAUUGGGAAGCAGGCAUAGACUGACAGCUGCAUCGUGAAGGUGGAGCUGUAGACCUUCUUGAGGACAUUCUGCCAUAGUGUGAAUCUCAAGCUUUGCUGUAGUGGUGCCAUUCUUGUAGAUGCAAUCAUGCCCUGGAGUUCAUGUGUGGACAAUGGAUGCAGUAGUAGUUCAAGUGUGUGGUUGAUGCAAGAUGUCUCUUGAACACAAGUACCUUCAGACCAAGAUCAGUUGUUCAAGUCAUUCCAGUUUGUGUUCUCAGGCAUUAGUAGUGAAUCUUCUUGCUGUGCAUUGGCUUACAAGUCGACAUUUUUGUGGAUGUGUUCUUAUAUGCAUAAUUGGCUUUGUGUGCGUGUAAUAUUGCAUGCUUGGUUUUGUAUUGGAGAAGCAUGGAACUUUAGGCACAAUCAUCUCAAGAAUGUCAAUGCAAAGGAAGGCUGAUGUCUGUUGUUUACCACGCAUAUUUGCAAGUCUCAUUUACAUUCACAGUACUUGAAUGAAAGGGAUUUUUACAAAUAUUUUGAUGCUGUUCAGAAAGAUGGCAAAUCUUCAUCUAUUAUUGGAGCUCUUUUUUAGACAUUGUGCGAAAGUUCAGAUAAUAUGAUAACAAACAACAUUGUAGUAUGUUGGCUGCUAUGUCUGUGGCAUCUCGUUUCAUUUUGUUUGCAGCAUUGAGAGGCUCACUGGCUAGGUGGCCGGCAGCUAUUUUGUGCUGCUUUUGAUAAUAUGAAUGCAUGAACAUUGUGGUGUGCUUUUGAAAUUGAAAUGUAACCUUGCUGUUUCUCAUUCUUUUUACUUUUUUAAUGCCAUUUUCAAAGUAUGCCAUUUGUGGAAACUGAAGCUUGCUUAUACUGUGGGGUUUUCAUUUCCAAGAAAUUUCAUCUUGCCAGUAGUAUGUAGUUUUGAAGCCAUGGAUUUGAACUGUCAUACAUACAGUGCAGCUGAUGUUCUGAGGUGCUUAUUAAAAUCAUGACUGCCUUCACCUCUGCUACAGUGUUGUAGCGUAUGGUGCAGGGCAGUCAGCACCAGUGCUUAACCUUUAGUCAUCAACAAACAUAAAUACCUUUUGUUUGUACUAAAGACCUUUUUGGGGGCAUGAAUCCAUUUAUGUUUUUUAGGAUGGCGGCAUGCUCAUGGCUGAGUCAUGUGAACAUAGGUCAAAACUGAUGCAAGUAUGAAGAAAACACAAUAAAUAAAAAAUUAGAUUUAUCUAUCACUACGCAUGACAUAUUUGUCAAAAUCAGAUGCACUUCUGAAAGAUCUUUGUUAUGGUGAAGUCUUUGUCAGGAACACCCUUCUGAGGUAUUUUGUGAUUGAUUUCUUUCGUCAUGAGCUGUACUUCACCUGGUUCACCUCGCUCAACAACUUUGAAUAAUAUCGUGUUUAUAGAGAGAGUCUCAUGCAUUACCCUGUGCUAAGCAAUAGCUUGCAGUAACAUGAUCACGUGCGUGCACACCCCUGCUCACCUACUGAUACAUAUGUACAUGUACAUAAACAUAAAGAUAAAAAAGAUAAAGAGUGCAGCACAGAGCACUACGGUAGAGUGGUGCUCACAUGGUGCUACUGAAGUUAACAUGGGUGUUCCACAGCAGUUUACAUACCCCUGAUGAUGCAAUUUCUUCCAUUUCAGACAUGCCAGAACAAGGCAAAUAACACAUAAUUUGUUGAAGAUUGCAGUUGAAUGUUUUCUCUGCUUUCAAGAUCUUGCUGACUGUAGAUCUGAAUUAAAAUGGCUUAGUCAGAUCGCAAUACAUGUACAUUUUAUAUUUAUGAUCACUUUUAAAAAAUUCAGUUUAUUGUCAGCAAGAUGCUUACUUAAAUGUCUGGGGCAAGAAAUAAUCUACAACAAAUUGACAGCACACAACUGCCUACUCAAACAUGUGUCCAAAUGGCAGGAUACUUGCCUGAGUAGAGGGUCUGUUUUAAACAACAAAAUCACACACAGCAGCAUUAGUGCCACAAACGGCAAGAAAAACUGGUUUGGACAAGAAAAUGAUAAGAGCCAUAAGUCUGCCUUGCUUGUGAUUUCAUUUACCAUUGGUUGGUUAAUAGUUGUUGAGUAUAUUCUAUAUGUAAGUAUUAAUCAAGUCAUCACUUGAGGUGGAAAUUUGGAUUGUUACAGACUGUUCAACUGCUCUUUGAUGUAUUCUACAUUUUUCUCUAACAUUUUUAAUUUGGUCAAUACUGAAAACCUUUAAAAUAUUUGUUUCUGUGGGUCAAGAUAAAAUUAUUGAAGAAAUGCUUCCUGGUUGGUGAGAUUAGUUGUUUCUGACCAGAACCAGAUAAAAUUCCGUGUGUACUUACACAGAGGGACAGUGUGUUUGUUGUCACUCCUUGUUUCCAUCAAUAUAUAUAUUCAUAGAUAACUUAAUUGCACCUGUGUAUGUAAUUCUUUGCACCAGGCUAUUGCUCAAUUUGAGCAACAAAAGGAGCUGCCUCCCUUCAAGAAGAGGCCGAUAUAUAAUCAGCAAUCCCCAUAGAGCCAAAAUUUGUUUUUGUACAGUGUUUGUAAUGUCAUACUUAACCCAGAGUUUAUGGUAUCACUUGCAAAGGAAAUAUAACCAAUUGUUCCCAUUUUAUUUUUAGUAUUGCUUGCUAGAAUUUAAAAUUAAAAAAACUUUUGGUAGUCAUCAUAUAGUGCACCUUGUAGCCUAUUAAUUUGCACUUGCUUUGCAUAUUGUGCCAUUGCUUUUGAGAAGAGUAGUUCUGUUUAAUAGUGUACUGAAAAUAUGAAUGCUUUAAGCACCAUGUUUGCUAAAACUAUGAAAGGUGUCUUGUUAAACAAUCAUUAGAAAGUUCCUUGUCAGCAUUUUCUUGGUUAAGUGUGAGCAACGUAAUGGGUACAGACCUGUAGAGUGUGGAUGGGAAGAGCUUAUCUUCUUUGUCUGUGCAUGCAAUGCAUUGGCCUUGGUAAACAAUUAUUCUUCAAGAAGAGAUUUCUGACAAAUUUCAAGAUGUCCAAGAAGGUGCAGGCAGAAACAGACAUUACUUUUUAUUGUAAAUAACAGCAGUGACAUGGAGAAAGUGAAAUGAAGUACAAGUUGAGUAAUUAGCUACACUCUUAUUUCACGUUAGUACAAACUGUACACAUUCUAGGCCUUGUUCUGUUGAAGACUUUGUGUGCAUAUAGACUGUACAGUGUUAAUUGUUAAGUAGUUUUUUUCAGUGGGGAAAAUGGCAAUGUGCAAUACAAUUUCUUUUUUUCUUAUAGCACUGGUAAAUCCUUUAGAGUUCUGUGCUAUGAUGAUUCAUCAACUUUUCUUUGCCAAGAUCCUUUUGUGCCUGUGGUUCAGAGCAAAUUGCUUUUUAUCGGCAGUUGAAACUCUUUGUCAAGAAGUUUGCUGUGUGUAUGUGUGUGUGUGAUGCUAUGUAUACCUGCAAAAACUUCCUUUGAUGUUUUAUUCUUGUGGUCCAGUGAACUACAGAACUCUUUCAAAGGAAAGGCCAUGUUGCAGCAUGUAUCUGCAGCACAUUCCUAAAGUCUGUGUUGGUUGGCUGUGCUUCAGGUAUUUCUUACUCAGCUUAUAGCAUUUAUCAUCACUUUGUAGUCUGUGUUGUGUUAUUUCACCCAUUAUCUUUGUUGUUCAGUCACUUUUCUGUGAAAAGAAAAACAAUUUUUGCAUGUUAGAAAUUAACUUGUACCUGUUUUAUGCCAUAAGAUUCUCUGUCAUGAAUGGAAAUUUUCCUGUUGUUUGCAGUAUGCUAUCUUAAACCCUUCAGUUUAGAGAUUUGCUGCUUUUGUUUCUUGAUUAAUUUAUGGAUAUGGAUUGCCAACUGUAUUGUGAAGUCCUUAGUAAUAUUGGUAUGUUUGAGUCCAAACAGUGGGCUUCUGUUUGCUAGCUCAGCUAACUCAACAGAAAAUGACUGUAAACUGACUUGUUAAAAUCUUUUGACUGCUCAAUCAAAACUACCGAAACGAUCAGAUACCAAUAUUCUUUACCGUGUGACGUUUUGUGAAAUGUUUGUUCUCCUUUCUUGACAAGAUGCCGGUCCCCACCCCACACCCCCACCUUCUUUCUCUUGUGUUGAGUUCUUUAAAAUGUAAGGAGAAAGGCAGGAUACUACCCUACAGCUCGUCCAAUUUUCUGCCAACUCGUCUCAAAGACAAUAUUUAUAAUGGAAAUCUUUAAACAGUUUUUGAAAAUUUUAAUAGGUCUUCCAUCCCCUAACAUUAUCGUAUUUAUGGAUGCAAAAAAAAGAAAAGAAAAAAAAUAAAGUCCCUAUAAGUGGUAAGACUGAAAAAAAUAGAGUAGCAUAUUGGGCAUUUAUCUGAUCAUGAAUGUGAAGCUGAUGCUGCACAGACCGUUUGAUCUUCUGCCUGUUAAUAUGGUUUACUUAGCUUCUUACAUCAUGAAAUUAUCAUUUGCACAAACACUUGGUACCCAUCAGAAAGAAUAAUUUCACUUUUCUUUAUAAUCAGUAUUUACAUGGUACUGUGCACAAAGUGUGUGUGUGUGCGUGCAUACAGAAAAAAAAAAGAGAGAGAAUCUGAAGCUAGCAAGUCUGAUUCAUCCAUUUUGCACAGCUAAAACUUUUAUUUAAUUAUCAUAUUGUCUCUAGUGUGUUUAUUGUCAGUACCAUUUGAUGAACUUGUAAAUACCCUGAUAAACCUCACAAAAUGUUUACAGUGAUUACAUAUAUAGGCUAGGUAGAGUGUAGACGGUUGUAUUGUUUUGCUUCUAGAUCAACCCAGUCAUUAAUUCUAACUUUGCAUUAUGAAGAACAGUUUCUGCUUGCAUCAGGGUUGUUUUUGUAGAUUUCUGUUUAAGUUAAUAUCAUUAUUAUUAUACUCACUUUGGUUUCUUCAUAGAUGGAUCAUUUUCAUAUGGCAAGUUUCCCAUUUUUGUGAAAAUUCUUCUUCUGAACAUAUGGGCAAUAGAAACUAAAGUUUAUAAAAAGUAGAGAAUGGGCAUUGAGAGCAUAAACUUGCAGUUGUGUGUCUGUAUCAUAGGGAUGGAGAGUUGGGCUAAGAAGUAAGUCUCCUCUUGUGUCCCAAUUAAGCCUCCAGGGCAUUCAGUGAUCAGUCAUCUGACGGACUAAGUGGGCAAUGAAGGGCAUUUCUAAUACUUUAUUUCUCUUAUUCGCCAGAACAUCAGCAGAUUAAGAAAAACACCAUAUCUCCUGAUUUUGUGAUAAAGACAAUUUGAGAAUGUGAAUAGGGGAACAGUGUUUUCUAUGUUUAUUUUGGCCCUGAACAAGAAACUUCAGAAGACUUGGUAACUCUGCAGGUGAAAAGUUGGGAGACUGACAACAUUUCACAUUUGUAUGCCUUCAUUUUUCUAUAAUCUUACAUUUACCAGCCAAAGAUUAUUCUGGCACUUUGAGUAUCUAAUUUUCGUUUGAGUAGAGAUGACAUUCUCACCAAAAACAAAAAUAUUUUCAUCAUAGCAGGGUUUAUAAUUUUAAGAAAUUAAUUCACUUACAUACCUGUUGAUAGGUUGUUUCCUUUUUAUUAUUUUGUUUCCUUAGCUAUAUCUUUUCAGUAUGUACAAAUCAACGAGUAUUGUUCCUGCAUGAUACCAUGGGUAAAAGAUCUGUUCAGCAUGCAGGCUCUGGAAGUCGUUUUGAAAUGUUUGUGGUAUGGUAAAUGUAUUACUUUGUAUUACUCUAUUACUCAUUUUGUACUGAAGAAGGCUUUAUUUUGUUAUUGUGUCUCACAUGGCCUGCAGGCCAAAGUGGCAAGGGUGAGUUCUCCAAGGCACCAGCUUAAAGCCGUCUUCAGUGGUAUGGCAUUCCCAGCAGAGAACUCUAUGGCUGCUUUGUGCUGAUAUUAAAAUGUGUACAAACACC